GCACCGUUUACAGUAGUUCUACAAGAUGGCACAACGUUUCACUGCAGAGCAUACACGAAGCUGCAGAGUAUAGUAACACCAGACCAAAGAGUUCCUGCCAGUUUCGUCAAGCUUGCCACUCACAGCUCACUCUGGGGAUGCCAGUAAACGAAAAUUAGUUUAGGGGGUUGAACUGAAAACUAAGUGAGUUAUUCCUUGUGGCUGUGGAAGGCAAGCAAGUUUCGGGAGUCAGGCAAGAAAAGGUAUCACUGAUGAAUCGGUCUGAAGGUAAUCGAGUUUUUUUUAUAGAUGUAUCCCCACAGCGGCGGUCUAUUUUAAAAACUUUUUAAGUCUCCUUCCAUCUAUAGAGUUUUACCAUUGAGCUACAAACCUGUCCGCCAGGCAACAAGUUUAGGUAGCCUUCUUUGGAAACGUCCUCCCAUGAAGCAUUCCUCUUCCUCCCGUGUUGCACUCUUCCAAGUUCCACCACCACCCAAGUAUAAAUGCACACGAACGGUAGUUUCCUUCAACCUCGGUUCAGCCCAUUCCUCCGCCACAUCGAUUCCAUCGUAAUUCGUUCCGUUCACCGUCUGAACUAUUCUGAAACCAUCUGCCUCAGCCGGGCAGAGCCAAGAGCCAUGGACGCCGCCGCCGCGCGCACGUAUGUCGACUUCGUGCCGCCGCACAGACUGCUGCAGGAGCCCGACAAGGUGGUCCUCCGCGUCGACCUCUCCGCGGAAGGGUUCAAGAAGGAGCAGCUCAGGGUGUACAUCAACGACUUCGGGAGGCUGAGGGUAAGCGGCGAGCGGCCACUCGGCGCCGGCAGCACCCAGUGGAGGCGUUUCGGCAAGGACUUCCAGGUCCCCGAGGGCUGCGACCCCGGCGCCAUCCGCGCGAGGUUGGAGAAGGACGGCGUCCUGCAGAUCACCAUGCCGAAGCUGUCAGCGGCGCCGGCAGAAGAGCCGACGGUGGCAGGCUCAAACACCGGUGGCGCCGCCGGCCAAGACAAGCAGAAAGGCCACACCAGUGCACAGCACGCGGGUGCUGCUGCCGCUACGGCUGCUACAGAAGCUGAAGAAGAGGAGGGCAAGGAGCAGGACGCCGCAGCCGCAUCCAUGAAGCAUCCUGGCCAAGACGAAGUACAGCACACGAACAAUAACGCCGGCGCGGCUACGUCUGCCGCUCGGCCGGCGGCGUACGGCUUUGCCAAGGACCGGAGAAGGAUGGUGUGCGUGAUCUUGGCCGUGGUGCUGGCCCUGGUUGGCGCCGGCCUGUAUGCUAGGUACAGGUUGAUGGAUCCAUCGGCUGAGACGGCGCUGGCAGACAAUCGUAUUGUCGGGCUCUCUGACUUCUGAUCGCGAUGCAACAACGGUUAUACCUGAUAGCCGCUGGGAUAAUGUGUAAAUGUGAUGCUACUGCAGCUAAAUCAUUCGGUGAUUGUGCAUACGAUCUCUAUAUGCUAUGGACAAAAGGAUUUCCCAUCCCAGUGCAAGUAACACUGUCCCCGUGUAGGGUAACAGACUCCUGACAUAAUACCAUGAUCAAAACCAACUUGAAACUUGGGGGCAAAGUA